CUCUUGCAGUCGCCAGGGUGGUCUAAGCAGGUUCCGGGCUUGACUCUGGCUAGCGGGUCUGGCUCCAGUUGGGUCUACGCUGGGGCGAGCGACUGUGGGACACUGUGGGUAUUUUGGAAGAAGCUCAACUAAAGAUGGUAAAGAAGGGAUAGUUCUUCUACUGACAGCUUGUAUGGAAGUAAUUUUCUACCUGUUUAGGGUUAGAAGACCAGCUCAUUCGUAGAGUCUUCAGAAAUACAAUAAGAAUGGAUUGGGGAGAUGAAUAUUCCCAUAAUUCUGUCGACCUACAUUGUUUGUUAAACUCAUUUCCUGGAGACUUGGAGUUUAAGCAGAUUUUUAAUGACAUCGAUGAAAAGCUCCAACAAAAUGCCACAAGCAUAGAGCACUGUAUUAAAGAAAUACAGUCUGAAGUUAACAAACAGUGUCCAGAUGUAGAACUACAAACAACAUCUGACUGCUUUGAAUGGCUAACUAACUAUCAUUAUAAUCCAUCGAAAUCACCUUCCAUUCCCCAUGGAGAUUUGAUAAAAUUCCUCAGCACACUGCAAGAUUUGUUGAAGAAUGAAGAAAAUCAAGAAGAAAUGAUACUGAAUUUACUUUGGGACCUCUUUUGCCAGAAUAGUAUUUCAUUCCCAUCAACUCUGAGUGGAACAUCUUUCCAUUUCCUGUCUAGGACUUCUCUACAUUCGGUCGAAGAUCAUUCCUCUCUGGAUGUAAAGUCUAUAUGGGAUGAUAUAAGACUGCGUCUUCGACGUUUCUUAGUGAGCACAUUACAAAGUCAUAAUGAAAUAAACAAUUCACAGCAAAAAAUUUUAUUGAAAACUCAGUGCAUACAUCAACUCUUGUUUCUUUAUCCAGAAUCAGAAGUUAUAAUCAAAUACCAAAACAUACAGAAUAAACUGUUGGCCAAACUUCUACAGAACUGCUUUCCUCCUUACAGCAGAGAUUCAGAUUUAGACUUAAUUAUUCAUGGAUACCAAAGUUCAAUGCUUAAGUUACAUGCAAUGAUAAAAGAAGAUUUUCAGACGUUACAUGAAAUUUUAGCUCCAUCCUCAACACUGAAAUUCAUUAAAGAAACUUACCUGGAUACUGUUACAGAAGAAAUGGCAAAAUUUCUUGAAAAUUUUUGUGAGCUACAGUUCAAAGAAAAUGCUGCCUGCGUGGUUAAAACAAGCAAGAGUUCCAGCAAGCAUAGAGGAGCAGUGCAUGCCUUGGUUACUCCUGAAUGUCCACAGAAAGGAAGAAACUCUCUCCGUUUAGAAGAACUCCAGUUCUUAUCACAGCUCAUAAACUCUUUUUUAAAGCUGGAAAAAAAUGUUCAAGAACAGCUUGAUGAACUGUUUUUAUCACUCAACAUACCCAGGGAUACUUCGGGAAUUUUGGAGAAAUCCAGUAGAGAAGUUGUAGCAGAAAAACCCAGAGCAAAUGAAACUAGUACUCCUUCAGAGCAAUUGCUACCAGCAAAAGAGACUACUUUACUCGAGUUUAGCUGGAGAAGUGCAUUUAAAGAAGUGUCUCUUCCCAUGGCACACAGUAUAACAACUUCAAUUGAAGAUUUUUCCACACAAAUUCUCCAGCAGGAACAGAAUGAAAGGUCUUCAGCUGCGAGCUAUGUUAUGAACCUUGUAAAUGUCUCACAAGUUUGGCAAGACAGCUGCAUGUUUCCUGAGGAGGAACAACCGAAGAAAAUUGCCAAGUUUUGUUCUGACAUCAUGGAAAAACUGGACACAAUGCUUCCACUGGCUCUGGCGUGCAGAGAUGCUUCUUUUCAGGAAAUGAGAGCGAACUUGGUGGAGGCCUGUUGUAAAGUGGCAACAGCUGUCCUGGCGAGACUGCGGGAGAGAGGCAUGGAGGUUCCUUCCAAAGCACCCCUGAAAAACCUGCACACCGUCCUCUCCACAGCUGUGUACGUCUUCCAGCAUUUUGUGCAGUAUAACAAUCUGCUGAAGGAAACGACCAAGAAACCCAUAUUCCUGGUGCCUGUCCAACGAUAUCAGGAAUUCAUCAACACGCUACAGUUUCAGGUUACGGACUACUGCGUCAGAGUUUGUGCUACAAGCAUUUUACAGGAUGCUGAGAGCCACCACUGGGAUGACUACAAAGCUUUUUAUGAGGGAGAACGAUGCUCCUUCUCGCUCCAGAUGUGGCAUUAUUUCUGCUGGGCUCUCCAUUAUGAUCUCUGGACCAUUCUGCCCCCAAAGUUAGCCCAAGAAAUUCUAGCAGAAGUGCUGGAGAAAUCUCUGGGUCUCUUGGCCUCCAGAUAUGCUCGGGCUCAUCCCAGUCAUAAGAGAACACCGCAGAUAAGACUUGAUAUCACAACAAUUUUAAUAUGCACUGAGAACAUGUUAUGGUCAGUUUGUACAUCUCUACAGAAACUUUUGAAUCCUCACGAAUAUAUAGAUGAUAAAAUUUUUAAAAUUCAUACCCAUUGUAAUAAUCUGUUCACAACAUUAGUCAUUUUGACUUCACCAUUAACAGAAUUACAUAAGACUUUUCAGCAUGGUGUGGAUGAAUCUGCUUCAGAUCUUUCAAAAUCAUCUUUCAACCAACCGUUACACUGGGUUUCUUGCAUAUCACAUUUCUACCCUUCUUUACUCAGGACUCCAUCAGCUGGAGGACUGAGAGCCGAGGGUCGAUUGAAACUGCUCUUAUCCCAGCCAGGUUGUAAUUGGAAUCUGCUUCUGGAAACCCUAUUGUGUCAUGAUGGUUUAUUUCUGAGAAUCUUACUGAGGAGCUCAAAACAUGCUUCUGAUACAAGAAAUAAUCUGAAUCAAGGGCCCAGUUUGAUAGAAGCUAUCUUUAAAGUAUUGUACCAUUGCAAUUUUUCUCCACAAACAUUUGGAAAUGUUUUCGUGAACUACAUGGAAGAAGAACAAUUAUGGGACUUUUUAUAUAACAUUCCAGUCUCCACGUGCAUGGAGUCCGAGCUAGAGGUCAUCAGAUGCUUGAGGCUGGCACUGACGGAGGCUGUCAAGGACACCAUACAGCAAAUAAUAUCAAUGAUGACCUCUGGAAGAAACUGUGGGACAAGCCUAAACAAACACAGUAUUCCUGAUGGUUUGCUGGAGAGCAUUCCAAAAGAAUGGAAUUAUACCCCAAAAGAAACCAAAAGGAAAGAAUCAAGCAAAGGCUUCACAAGGCUUGCUGCUCAGGCAGUAUCUAUUGUAAUCAGCAAGUUACCUACGGUGAUUGCAUGUUUGCCUCCCCCAAUUAAAUACUUCUUUUUUCUGUCUGAGAGAAAAAUGUCAAAAAACUUUGUUGAAUUGAAGAAAGCUGGCCUGCUCGUCUGGAACUUGAUUGUAAUUAUAUGUCGGAUAUUUGAGGAUGGAAACACUGUGGAACUUUUAACAGGUGCCUCCCUUGACAGAUGGAGUAAAGAGAAACUCGGUUUAAUUUGUGUGUGUUUGGAAAGCAUCAUGGGAAAGCAGACAAGUAGCCCUAAUCAAAUGACCCAGAAGGUCAUACAGAGCAUCGAGCAACAAAAGCCCAACUGGAUUGAGCGCCAAUUGUUGAAAGCAAGGAAAUUGAGCUCUGAAUGCGCAUUUAUGACAAUAGAGACUAGCACAGCCUUAGAAGAAGGAGAUAUUGCUCUUGAACUGACUGAGCAGAAAAUAAACACGAUGGUCCUGGAUCUCUGCCACAAACCAGGUGGCAGCAAGUACCUGAGGCAAAUUUAUCACAUCAUGCGGCUCAAUGAGGAAUAUUUAAAGGAACAGCUGUUUUCUAUGAAUGGUUCAGAGGAAACACCAUUACCCGUCCGACCUUUAAAGACGACCUUGAGGAGUGUGGAAGAUCAGCCUUCUGCCUUUAACCCUUUCCAUGUGUACAAGGUGUUUAGUGAAAACAUGCUAGAUCAGUCAGCCAUCACAAAAUGGAACUGGAAUUGGUCAAACUUGCUGCCAAAUUAUCUAGGACUGGAUAAGAUGACCUUCAGUGUGCUGCUCAGAAACAGGUGGGAAAUGAGGGAAGAUGAAACUCUGGAAGAGGAAGAGAAAGCAAUGCUGGACCAUUUAAAUCGAAUUUUCACCAUACAGAACUCUUCUGCCUCAGAUAACGCAGAAGAACAGUAAUCUGCAAAAAAAAAAAAACA